AUGUUCUCCACUCAUAUUCUCGCUUCAGGGAUAUCAUGCAUCGUUGCCCUGGUUGUCGUUGCGCGUCUGACUCGCAAACGUGCCUACCCUUUACCUUUGCCGCCUGGCCCCCCUCCGUUACCAUUUCUCGGUAACGCGCUGCAACUGGAUACUAAACGACCUUGGCUCACAUAUACUGCAUGGGGAAAGACAUAUGGGAAAAUCAUUCACUCCUCAAUAUUUGGGAUCGACUUGAUUAUCAUAAAUUCUGAAACUGUCGCGCGGGAGCUGCUCGACAAGCGUUCUGGGAAUUACUCUACUCGCCCCAUUAUUCGCACCAACGAAUUGUAUGCAUUGUCGGGUUUCAUUCAGUUUGUCCUUCAUUCACUGACGAUACAGAGCCGGAGUGGAUUUCAAUACUGUGCUCCUGCCAUAUGGCGAGACUUUACGGCGAUAUUCCAUCAAGUCCUCAGGGCCGAAGUCUCGGUCUCAUACUACGAGAUGUACUCUCGCCACGCAAAUGAGCUAGUGGCUAAUCUCUUGGAUGGCAUUGGUGACCCGCAGCAUCAGACUGAAACAUACACGGCGUCCCUAAUCAUGGCUGUGACAUAUGGAUACCAUGCUCACGGACAUGAAGACCCAUUUCUUUCCCGCGCACGCGAACUUUUUGAUAUUGGCAAUCGUAUUGUUUCUCCCGAGAAGGCUGCCAUGUUCACAGCCUUUCCUUUCCUCGAAAAGUUGCCAUUCUGGUGCUUCGGUGGAGCAUUUUCCCUGAUCGGACGCUGUAGAGAAUUGGCUCAACAGCUUCUGAACGAGCCCUUCAAUGAAGUAAAGGCACAGAUGGCAAAUGGUAUUGCUUCAUGCUCAUUGGUCGCUGACUUUCUCAGUCAAGCUCACGACGAGGCUGAUGAAGACACCAUGAAGGCUGUUGCGUUGACGGGAUAUUUAGUUGGCAUGGACACAGUGUGUCGCUACUUAAGCAGUCCUGAUCCUGAUUUGAUGUCCCGCACUGCGCAGACUGCAUCCACAUUGCAGACAUUCUUGCUGGCCAUGGUGCUCUAUCCUGACGUCCAAGCUCGGGCUCGCGCAGAAAUUGAUCAAGCUGUGAAACACGAUAGAAUGCCGUGCCUUGAUGACAGGGCGUCAAUGCCCUACCUUGAUGCCAUCCUCCGCGAGGUCCUGAGAUGGUAUCCUGUUGCUCCCUUAGGAAUUCCACAUGCGACGUCAAAUGAUGAUGUUUACGACGGGUGCUUCAUACCCAAAGGUGCAAUGGUAAUGGUUAACCAGUGGGCACUCUCUCGGGAUGAAGACAUAUUUCCCGAUGCAUCGCGCUUCGAUCCUAAUCGCCAUCUGACAGUCGACGGGAAGCUGAAGGACCCUUUCGUCAACCAUUUUGCCUUUGGUCAUGGCAGGCGUACUUGUCCUGGUCGCUGGUUCGCAGAGAAUAGUCUGUGGACCGCAGCUGCUGCCAUACUCGCCGUCUUGCGCAUCGAUCAUGCCAAAGACUCAAACGGAAACCAGAUUGAGGUGAAGCCGGAGUUCACCACCGGCGUGGCGAUGUAA